AUGGGGCAGCCGCACUUCUCGAGACCGGUAAAUCCAGCUGCUUUUGCCGAAGAGGUGGAUCACCCCCCAACUGAUGCCGGCAUGGGGGUCGAUGUUUUGGAAUCGGGUGACACCACCCCUCCUACAAAGAGGAAAAGCAAGUUCUCGAGCUUUGGCAAGAUCUUCAAACCCUGGAAGUGGAGGAAAAAGAAAAGCAGUGACAAAUUUAAGGAGACCUCGGAAGUUUUAGAACGAAAGAUUUCUAUGCGAAAGCCAAGAGAGGAGCUGGUAAAAAGAGGGGUUCUCUUGGAAGAGCCUGAGCAGGAUGGUGAAGAACCAGACAAGCUGAACCCGUCUGCGUUGAAGAACGGCCACACGGUCCCAAUUGGUGGUCCCGGGGUUUGUAACCUGGCCAGCCAGGAGGAAGAGGCCACAAAGCCAUCCAGCCUUAGGAAGCCUGUUCCAGCUGAGGAACCAAAGAAAAGGCAGGGCUCAUCCAGCAGCCACUCUGGGCCCGAACUGGAACCGCUUCAGGAGCCGUGUGUUCCCAGACAGCCUCUGCUUCCUCCAAAAAGACCCCCCUCCACUUCUCAGGAGGCAAAUGAAGCACAGGCGAAGGACCCAGCGCCUGCCAGCAGCACUGCAAAAACUGCACCCUCCGCCGCAGCCCCUGGUGCAGCAAAGACAGUCAAUCCCACAGCUGCCCCUUCCCCGGCCCCCAGGACUCUGCCCCCUGCUCUUGCCAGUGCCAACACUACUGCUCCCACGAGUACAACCAGCACAGCUCCUGCCAAACAGCCUCCCAUCCCUCCUCCCAAACCUGUCAACAGAAAUAGCAACUCAGUAAUAG